AUGAAGUUUGUGCUCUUUUUGUCCAUGGGACUGGCCUCCGCAGCCGCCCUCAAUGACAGUUUCAACGAUGUUUUGAGCUACGCUGGCGACGUUUUUGCGUCCCGAGCGUCCCCUGCAAACCUGUCUUCUCAAGUCCAGAGCGACUUUGCGGCCGCAGCCACCAACGUGGUCGAAAACCCGCUUGUUCAGCCCGUCGCCGGCGAUCUCAGCACCAUUCUGUCUGCCCAGAAUGGAACCAACGUCACCACUACCGCUGCCGAUUUGCUGGACAACAUUGGCAAGCUUCUCGGAGGCUUCCUCAAGUCCAACGAUACAGACCAGCUACUGGCCCUUGUCGGCAGACUGUCUGCUACCACUGAAAUCGACGAUGAAGCAAUCGACCAGAUCUUUGCAAAGGCCCAGGAAGACGUGGGAAACAAAAUCGACGCUCUCCUGCCCCAGCUGGGAGGUCUGCUGAACGACUCUGGCGUCCAAGCAAAGGCUCUGGGCGUCCAGGGAGGAAUCAACCAGUUCCUGGCCCAGGCUAAACAGCUCAGAAUGGGAAACACCUCUACCGUGGACAUGAUGAAGAACACAAAGCUUGGUCUUGGAGAGAUUGUUACUCUGGAUGGCCAGGUGCUUCUACUUGGUCCCGGAGGACAAAAGGUCGUCUCCACCAUCGGCCCUGCUAACACUACUUCUUCCAGUGAAACAUCCUCCAACUCUGCUUCAGCCACUGGUUCCAGUGGAUCUUCUUCCGCUGCCGCUUCUGGAUCUGCCUCUGCUUCUGCUACGGAAACAAAGAAGAAGAAUGCUGGCUCCAACCUUUCUCCUUCUAUGGCCAUGCUCAUUGUGGUUAUUGUCGCCUACUUUAUCUAA